GUUGUAGCAGCUGCCAUGUUUUGCUGCUUUGUUGUAGAUUCCGUCUAGGUUUCCUGCAGAUUUUAAGUGUUGCAAUGGAACCGAGCUGGAGUACAUUUUUAUUCCAGUCUUCUGUAGGUCCCAUGGUUCCAGGGAAUCCACGUAGGGACUACUACACAGGGAUCAGACAGGCCAAUGAAGCCCUGCAUCACCAGCACCAGGUGGCCCAGAACAGCUUGCUGCCUCUCCUCCAGUCAGGAGGACCAGAACCUGUGGACCAGAAGCCUGUGAUGCCCAUCCUCUUGGACCAGAAGCCCCCGGUCAGCGUCGCAGAGCUCCUCAAGGACAAUGUGGCCAGUGGGACGGGGGGAGGCGGCGGAGGAGGCGGUGGUCCCGUUGUUGUGGUGAAGAAAGAGCCCAAGUCCAAAACGCCUUUCAUCUGCGGCUACUGCAACAAGGCCUUCCGGGACAGUUACCAUCUCAGACGGCACGAGUCCUGCCACACGGGCGUCAAGAUGGUGUCUCGUCCCAAGAAGAUGCAGACGGCGCCCACCAUGGUGCCCAUGAUCUCCACAGUGCCACAGCGUGAGAACAGCGGCGGUCAGCCCUCUUACAUCUCCACCAUCGCUGGCAUCCUCACCACGGCCACAACCUCAGCCUCCACGGGCUCCAGCAUCAUGUCUCCCACCAUGGUGCCCCAGCAACACCAGCAUCAACAGCAGCACCAUCAUCAUCAGCAGCAGAGCCAGCCCAAGAAGCCUGCCAAGCCAGUGAAGAAGAACCACGGCUGUGAGAUGUGUGGCAAGGCCUUCCGAGACGUCUACCACCUGAACCGUCACAAGCUGUCCCACUCAGACGAGAAGCCCUUCGAGUGCCCCAUCUGCCAACAGCGCUUCAAGAGAAAGGACCGCAUGACCUACCACGUGCGCUCACACGACGGGGGCGUUCACAAACCUUACAUCUGCUCUGUCUGUGGAAAGGGCUUCUCCAGGCCUGACCAUCUAAGCUGUCAUGUGAAGCAUGUUCAUUCAUCAGAGAGACCCUUCAAAUGCCAAGUAACGGCCUGCACCUCUGCUUUCGCCACCAAAGACCGCCUGCGCUCCCACAUGAUCCGACACGAGGGCAAGGUGACCUGCAACAUCUGUGGCAAGAUGCUGAGCGCCGCCUACAUUACCAGCCACCUCAAGACCCACGGCCAGGCCAGCUUCAACAACCCCUGUACUAAAGGGCUAAGUGACUGGCAGUGGAACCACCACUCAGGGCUACGAAAAGGUGAGUUGACGGUAGGAGAGAUCUUAAAUAACUCGUUCCAAGUCCUUAUGGACAUCUCUCGUUUUCAAGACUCUAACAACGUGCACAACUCCGGCUCGGUGACGCCCGUCACCAACUCUGCCGCCAUCACCUCGGUGAUGAACCGUGGCAACGCCAGCAACCCGGUAACCAUCGCCGCCCAGAUGAACAUCACCACCAGCACGGUCAACAUCACCUCUCCAAUCAACCUGCAGCACCCAGUGACCAUCACCGGGCCCAUGAAUAUAGCCCACCCUGUGGCCAUCACCUCUGGGAUGCCCAUGAAUAUAACCGGGCCUCUUAACAUCGCCAUGCGGCCCAUGGAUAGCAUGCCUUUUCUCUCCCAGGUCCUGCCUUCCUCCCCUCCCUGGUAGUAACCCCUUCCCUGGCCCCUGGUUAGCAUCUCUUUAUCAACCCCUCCCACCUCUCUCCUUCUACCCCCAGACCACCACCUCUUCCUCCCUUACUUUAGCAGACCUUCCUCCUUACCAGGAGUACUAUAGAUGAUGUUGUAGAGCAGAGGUGUAGUGUGGUGGGCUAGCUGGACGCUGUACCUGUCUGUCUGUUCGUCUGGCUGCAGUGGGAGCAGCUGUGAAUGCAGCAUGAUGAGAGGUGGACUGGCCAGCCCCUGUAGAUGCUGGUGCAUUUUAUUACCUUUUAACUGCCGGUAGGAGAACAGUCCUGGAAAUCAUGUGAAGUCUCAGAAGGAGGAAUGGAGCUUUGGAAUGAUGCUCCAAGUGGAUGCCUGACGUAAACAAACAACGAGUUAUGCCUCGCCUCUUGCAUCAGAACAUACCUGCACAUUUGGCAUUGGAAUGAAACUGUAACAAAUGUAUUGCUGGUAUUAAUGUUUUUAAAUGCUCUCUUACAGAGCACAUGGUUUUUAUAUUAGUUUUCCUUUUGUUGUUAUUAUUAUUAUUAUUAUAGCCUGCUAAUCAGUAUUUAAUAGUUGUAUGCAUUGUAAGGUGUUAAGUACAGCAAAAGGGACAAAGGCUACCAUUUUGCAGGAUGGUGAUUUUUCUGGAGAGAAAAAUAUCAAAGGCUCAACAGUUCAAUCUUAGGUCAAUGCCUUUGACUGCAUAAGGUGAGCUCUCCCAGGUCCUGAUGCCAUCUCUAGAAAAUGGUCACAUUCUCACUGCUGGUUACUGUAAACCUAUACAUGGUUUUUGUUAGUUUUGUUUUUGGAAUAGUUCAGGUGUAUUUUUAGAUGACUUGAUAAAGUAGCCGGAGGACAUUACAGUGGUAAUGUUACAGGAACACAAGGAGGAAAUGUCUCGCACUGAAAGCAUAUCCCCGGGUUAAUGUCCUGAAAACAGCAGUAUUAUUAAGAAUCAAAAUUAGUAGUGUUGGCUGUGAGCCUUGUUAAUGUAGAGGCUAUCUGAGCCACCUAGUGGCACAGUAGACACAAUGCUGAAAAAACAGUCCCAAAGUUCACUUUUUAAAACGUUUUGUGAAAAUAGUUAUGUUGGGAGAGGUUUUGGUAGGGCCAUUUAAUCCCCCUCUCUUUUUAGUUUUUUAUUGCAGGUUUAGGAUCUUAUAAGUAUGAACUUCUACUCAGGAACCGUACUGAGAGUAGCCCAGUCUUUUGAUGAGAGUAAAAGGAUCAAUUUAAGGUCAACAUGCAACCUUUGUUGACCUUAUACCCAUUCUUUGUAAAUAUUACAACACAAUUAUUUUAUUAUUUUGUCUUUGCCUUUCAAAACAUUUAAUAAAAGUAGAUAUCCUUCAACACAGGUCAGGGCUGCAAUUACUUUAUCAAUGUCAAUACGACCGUCCAUUGGACUACUUUUCCAUAGUUAACCUCAAACUAACCUGGGAAGUAUUUGUCUCCUGAGGUCCUUUUUAUUAUAUUACUGUAGAACCAAAACUGCCAUCUGGGGCCCAAGGUGCCCGGAAAGAGAAUGGAAGCAGAGAUGAGAGGCUGUGUCAACUACAUGUGUUCUAGAAUGGUCAAAGGUUAUGGGUCAAGGGUCACAGGGCUGCCUCCUUCCCCAGCCCAGUGCCAACUGGCGCUGCCUAGGCCUACGUUCAGUACACAGGCCUCUCCCUCAACUGGCAGGAACUCUUUGAAACACGUGUAGCCGGCACGGCACCGAUGUGAGCCAUUGCCCCAAAAUCAGGCUGUAUGUCAAACUGGUGGACGUUCUUCAGAGACUUCUGCCCUCGUCAGUGGCCUCGCCUUCCCCGUGUCUCUGUCUUGGGAAAGGCAAGAUGUACGAGGCAUUUGCUAGUAUUGCAUGCAUGCCAACACAGUGCCCCAAGAGAAUUACUCAAAUCUGGUAUGGAGUUGUGGUCUUGUUGGCAUUGGAUUCCCUUUCCAUCGAUCUUGCAUCGAUGUUGCAUGUGGACGUCUGAGCUCGUCCAAGUUUGGGUUGAGUAAAAAAAAAUAGUAAUUAGACUUGACAACCUUUUUUUUUUUUAAGAUAACACUACGAACAGAAUAGUUUUGAAGUACUUGUAUGUUUGUCAUUUGGCCUUCCGCAGUGGCCGUAACUCAUGUGCCUGAACUGCUUUACAACAAGACUAUUUCACACCUCUGCUUCCUCUUCUAGAUGUGAUGGACUUAGACAACACUAGUGCCCAAAAGCCUGUUUUAGCAUGGGCAGUGCCAUUGAGGACUUUUUGAAGUAGUCAACUAGGUGGGACUUCCUAUAGGGUUAAGGAAGGAUCACAUAAUUCUAUCCAGGUCAUCAGGCGGGAUCAGCCAAUGAAUUAUACUCAUGAGGAAACAUUCCAUAACUGCAGGUGGCAGUAAAUCGCCUACCUUGGCUUAAUACAUGUUCUAACAACACACUCCAGGUGGCAGUAUACACCCUUUUAGUUUGUUUGCCAACUCAUAGAAGUAGUAGAAGAAGAAAGUGUACUAUUUCAGAAUUCAAUGGCGCUGCCUCUGCUCUCACAGAUGCCAUAAUGUCUAUGGUGAAGGAAGCCUUAACUGUUCAGAUGGCUAAGAGCUAGACAGCCCCCUCAACCAAAUUGAUACGCUGUCAUUUUGGGGGGCGGGGAGUAUGGUUUACAUUGAAUUAAGUGUUUUGUAAGCAACAUUCUAAACCGUUAUAAACAUUUUGAAAACAUGUUCUGUAAUCAUUUUUUAGAUAAAGGGCCAUUACUCUUAUGCACCAUCAGUUUCUUUUUAACCAAAUGCUUUUAAUUUGUUUACGAUGACACUACAUUUUUUUUAAAUGCAAUGAUGGUUUUGGGCUUAACUUAGAUUUUUGGAAGAGAAAAGUUGGUCUGAUCUUUCUCAAUUUUCUUCAUGAAUUGGAAGUUCUUGGAGCCCUGUGAAGGCUGAUGAAUGUAUAUCUUUGUACAAAACCAUUUAGUUCAGAGGACAUGUUAGUUAUGAUAGACACAUGCAAGGAAAAAAAACAACCUUUUUAUAAAUCUUUUUGUAUUAGAACAUUAACAACGGUAAUUUUGUAUAUACGAAGACUAGGCUUUCUAAUUAGCAUAAAGGUAAACAUUCCUACUUUUUUUUUUUUUUUCUUUUUACAUGUGUGUCAAGAAUAAUUGUAAACAUAUGCGCAAUGUUUUUAUGUGCCUUUUAUUUGGGUUGUCUAAAUAAAAGAACUAUAAAACAUGAUUGUGGACUGUCCAUGCUGAGUCUGUGUAGGGAGGACAGAAUUAACAUUUGGCUCACCCAACACCUCCAAAAAGGUCUCUCCUUUCUUUCUCUCGUCCCCCCCCCACCCCUCAGGUGUCUACACUGCCUGGCUCACAGUUGGCGUGCUAUUGGAGUAUGGUGGAAUGAUAAGUGCCUGUGUGACUGCGUAUUGAGAGGAUUUGGGGUGUUGUGCCAAACCAUGCUGUGUGUGUGGGUGUUUUUUUUCUUUUCACUCAUUUCAAUUUAUCAAUUAAACUUGGAAACUUG